GGGCGGCCCGAAGAACCGCCCGCCCCGCGGCCGCUGCCGGGCUCGUCCCCACGUCCGGCGCGAUUGAGGCGGAGCGGCGGCGCUGGCUCGGCCCCCCGCCCCUCGGCGCGGCGGGGACAGUGCCACGCCGGCGGCCGCCUCGCAGCGACAUGGGCCGAGGGCUGACCCUGCUCCUGCUGCCGCUGGCGCUGCUGGCGGCCCCGGCGCGGGCCGAGGGCGGCACGGCGGCAGCGGAGGAGGUUAAGAUAGAGGUGCUGCACCUCCCCGAGACCUGCAGCCCGAAGAGCAAGAAGGGCGACCUGCUGAACGCGCACUAUGACGGAUUCCUGGCCAGCGACGGAUCCAAGUUUUACUGCAGUCGGACGCAAAAUGAAGGUCAUCCAAAAUGGUUUGUUCUGGGUGUUGGACAAGUCAUAAAAGGCUUAGAUAUUGCUAUGAUGAAUAUGUGUCCUGGAGAAAAACGGAAAGUGACAAUUCCUCCAUCAUUAGCAUACGGACAGCAAGGAUAUGCACAGGGCAAGAUUCCACCCAAUGCAACACUGAUCUUUGAGAUUGAACUUUACGCAGUAAAUAAAGGACCUCGUAGUGUUGAGGCAUUUAAUCAAAUAGACAAAGACGGUGACAAGAAGCUCUCUGAACUUGAGAUAAGCCAAUAUUUGAAAGAAGAAUUUGCAAGAGAUGGCAAAAAACGUCAUCCUUCCGCCCAUGAUGAAAUCUUAGCUGAUAUAUUUAAGAAGAAUGACCAUGAUAGAGAUGGCUUCAUAUCUGCAAAGGAGUACAAUGUCUACCAGCAUGAUGAACUCUAAGUACUUUAAAAAAUCUUUGGCUGUUUUCUGCACACUGAAUUCUAAAUAAUAAUACUUUGUCACAGAAUUUUUGUAUUUUUUUUAUAGUGGAAUCUUUUUAUAUCUCUUAAGGUGAUUGUAAAAAUCUUAUUUUUAACAUUCAGCUAAUAAAAUGUGUCAGAUGUUUCAAAA